UUGAAAAUGUUAACGAAUCGUCGGCAAAGUGCAAUACGUGUAAUAAUUAUUCUGACUCUUGCGAUAGCGCAGACGUCAUCCUUGGAAUGUAGCCGAAGUGAUUGGCAUCCGGUAAGCUGGUGGGAGUGGUUCACCAAUUCAAAACACGAAGACACUGUCGUCGGCGUUCGAAUCAUUCAUAAAAAUGAACAAUUGGUAUUUCGCGAUGUGGACCACAUAGACAUUAAAGAGGUCGGCUUCAAUACGUCAGCAAGAACGACGGUUCUCAUACACGGGCUCGUGCCCCAGUUCGUCGUUCACAAAAUGAACGAGCUUAAAUCGAAAUUGCUGCAAUGGGAUGAUCGUAUGAAUAUUAUUGAAGUCGACUGGUCGAAAGGAAGUAAUAAUUUAUUGUACUAUGAAAAUGCUGUAGAGAAUACAAAGCACGUUGCUAAACAAAUGAGCAAGUUUCUCGCGAGACUGUUCGGUUUAGGCCAUGAUUCUACCGGCGAAAAUUCAAUUGGAAUAAUUCACUGCAUUGGUCACAGCCUCGGGGCUCACGCCUGUGGUCAAAUGGGCCGACAACUUAAAAAGCAGUACCACUACGAGAUUCCACGCGUGACGGCCUUGGACCCGGCAUCACCGUGUUUUACCGUGAAUUUCCCACUGAGGUUGCGCCGGGAUGACGCGAAAUUAGUUGACGUCAUACACACAGAUGGCUCGACCGAAGAUCACGUGGCUUUUGGCUUAUUCGAACCUGUUGGCACGGUCGAUUUUUACGUUAACGGUGGUUUGACGCAGCCAGCUUGCAAGGGAACUCUAUUAAAAGAUCCGGUGGUCAGCAACAAGUUGAAAAAAAGCCAUUAUCUUCAGAUAAUGCUUAGAGCAUUGAUCCACGGUGCCAUUUGCAAUCACCGACUGGCUUUCGACAUGUUCAUAGAAUCAAUCGGACAGGAUGUAACCGACGAAUGUAAUUUUCUUGGGCAUCCUUGGGAAGUUGAAGAGGUUAGUGAAGUACCCGAAUUGCCAGAUUGUCAAGAAGUCGAGUGCCCUGAAAUGGGCAUGAAUACGGAAAAAUUCCAAUUUCAACCAGACACUGUAAAUACUUAUUAUGUAAAAACGAAUGACAAGUCUCCAUUUUGUCAAACGUAAAUGUCAUUUUAAAAAAGAAGCUGUCAUAAUUUUGGUAAUAAAACUUUUUCCUAUUACGCUAACUUCAAUAAUUUCCUGCUCGGGUUUUCGAACGAAAAUACAUUUUUUUAUCGAUUUUAAAUUAUUAAUUAUUAUGAGCUUGCCAGAAAUGUUAUUUUUAAUAUUCUCUCGAAUCGAUUCUCUCGAUGUCAAAAUAAACCUUAAAUUGAAAGCGGAUAAGUAAAAAUUGUGAUUGAAAGUCAUUCACAAUAAAGCCAGUUUCUACCGAUAGAUUGCGAGUA